CCUGUUGAUCUUUUGAAUGAAAGAGUCCAAAUUGUCUCUCAUUUGGGAAGGCUUAACAGGAACUAUAAGCCCUCUAAUUCCACUCUCAGGAAUAGAGGCCAUGACAUGAUGUUGAAAUGGGAAGGUGGUGCAGGAACUCUCCAAAUAAAUGGAACCCAAUAUGUGCUUCAACAAGCUCAUUGGCACUCGCCAUCUGAGCACACCAUUAAUGGCAGAAGGUUUAAUCUUGAACUUCACAUGGUUCACGAGAGCAAAGAUGGUAAAAUCGCUGUUGUUGGUAUCUUAUACAAGCUUGGUCGACCUGAUAGUUUUCUCUCAUCGUUGGAGCAUCUAUUAGCAGAAGUAACCGAUACUAAUGAAGAAGAGAGAGUCGUAGGUAUAACCGAUCCGAGAGACAUCAAAAUUGGAAGCCGAAAAUAUUUCAGAUACAUCGGUUCUCUUACUGUUCCUCCUUGUACUCAAAAUGUUGUAUGGACCAUCGUUAGAAAGGUGAGAACCGUGUCGAGAGAACAAAUCAGAUUACUUCGUGUAGCUGUGCAUGAUGAAUCAAAUACAAAUGCAAGGCCACUGCAAGCAAUAAACGAGCGUUCAGUUCAUCUCUUCAGGCCAAAUGAUCAAGACCAGAACUAA